AUGGCCGACGCACGCAUUCUGAUUGACGGUGAGAGGUGGCAGCAGGCUUUGCAGGCUGUGGCCGCGGGAUACUUUCACCCAUCACCAGCCGUUUGGACGUCCUUGCUGAGCUCGUGUUCUCGUCAGGCAUCUUGGCAACUUGCCCUUCAGCUGCUUAACAACCGGCCAGAAGCGAUUCCAUCAAAUCAAGUGUUUUUCAAUGUGGCUGCCUCGGCAUGUGGCACCGGAGGAAUCUGGACUUGCAGCCUUUCGGUGGUAAGGGACAUGCAACUACGACGUUUCAAUGCAGACCACUUCAGCUACGGAGCUGCUGUGGCAUCUGGGCUUUCCUGGGCCAAAGGUCUAUCCAUCUUGCAGAGCGCCGCAAUGCAAGGAGUUGAGAUGAACAUUGUGAUGGCCGGGUCCCUUGUCGGUGGAGAGACCAUGCCAUGGAGUUUCAGCCUGGAGCAGUUGACAGGCCUGCGGCACUCCUCGCUCCGAAUUAACACAAUCACCUGCAAUGCGGCCGCAUCGAGCUGCGAGCGGAUUAGCGGCUGGGAAGCUGCCCUAAGCUUGGCUUUGCAAGUCGUGCAGAGGGAUGAGACCACCUGGGGGAUCUUCUUGUCCAUACUGGCUCAUGCCAGCCAAUGGCAAGAGGCUUUGCAAUGCUUGCAGAACAUCCAACACCAGGCACUUAGGGCCAACUCAAUCCACGCGACUUCCGCGUUGACUGCUGCAGCCUCCGGCAGUGAUGGAUGGAAGCAAAGCCUAGCAUGCAUGAUUCAGGUGUCAACUCUUGGCCUACAAUCGAACAGCUUCAUGGUCUCAGCGGCUGUCAGCUCCUGCGACAGCCACGUGCGUUGGGAGCAAGCUAUCUCUGUGGUUCGGGCUGCAUUGUGCGACUGGCUGCGUGUAAACUCCGUGGUCUACAACUCUCUGGUGUCGGCGUGCGCGUCUGGCGCCCAGUGGCUCAAUGCCCAGGAGGUGCUUUUUUCUUCGCAAUCUCUCGGAGUCAGAGAGAAAGAGGCUCAAGCUGGCGCUAACGCUGCCGUGGAAGCCCUUGGGCGCAGUCUCCUGUGGCUUCAGGCGAUUGACUGUCUCCAGCUGCUAAAACCCAUGGGCUCCUGGAAGCUGGAGUCAAACAUUGCCGCGUAUAGCUCUGCACUGACCGGGUGCGCUCGCGCGAAGGCGUGGGCUUUCGGCUUGGACCUAUGGCAUGCAGCCUCAACCAUUGGAUUGUCAGACGCGUCCCCGACUCUGAAUGCUGUGGUCACCUCAGCUGGUCAAGGGCUUUGGCAGCUUGCCUUCUCCUUGGUGUCCUCCUACCAGGCAGAUGCGCCCACCUAUGGUGCUGCACUGCGUGCUUGUCUCGAGAAGGCCGGCGAUGUGGCGCUCAGCCUCUUCGAGCAAAUGCGCCUGAGGAAGAUCCAUCCGGAUGAGGCGGCUUGGUCUGCUGUGAUCACGGUCACAGCCCGUGGUGACGCUGGCCAAAGUCAGGCGUUCUUUCGCCUCGUGGAGGAGCUGCGCCCGGCCACAAUUCUGAAGAUGCGAACAGUCUCCGGCGUUUCCUGCUCACACAGCAGAGACUUGCUCGUGGCUGCUGAUGGCGCGUGCCGGUUCACCAGCUCGGGCCGGUACGAGAUAUCAGUGGGCCUACAAUCCUACAAGGUCGGACACGGCUGUGGAGAAGAUGUAGAUGACUUCAGCAGCAGAGUAGCAGUGAGCACGAAGAGUUAA